CUUUACUUUUCUAUUUUUUGAUUAAAUGGGUAAUUAUAUUUCAACCACAAACAUGCUUUACAGUGUGAUUAACACUGCAAACAGGCAUCCAAAUUAAUUCAUUAUUUUCUAUCUCUUCUCAGUCUUUAUGUUUACUUUUUCCAACUAUAAAAGUAAACAGGUUUUUUUGAGAUUUGGAAAGGUUAGAAUAAACAUGCAACCUCAACUAUCCCCUGUGGUUCUACCCACCUGAAUUGCCACUGGCAUCACUAUGGCAUGCCUUCAGUAUUUAUUGCCAGUCAUGUAGUAACUAUUAUCCUCACUCAUUUCAAAAGCGUAUGGAUAAAAUUGAAGUCCCAGAACCAAUCUGUCAGAAUUUAGGCUCUGCCUCACCCCUAGAGUGAAAUAUUUGAUAUGCUUAAUGUAUCUAUGACUCAGCUUCCUCCACUCUAAAAUGUGACUCUUUAAGGGCUAGUCCUAUUAUCCUAUAUUCUUUAAUCAAAAUACUGUCAGGCACAGAGUGAGUCUCCAAUAAGUAUAUUUAAAUUGUUUUAAAUUGAUACUAUUUAUAUUAACAUUUAACUUAAUUUUUAUUCAAAAUCUCAAACUGUAUCAUAGUAAAACUAGUUUUAUUUAGCAAUCUGAUUUGUGGCAGUGAUAAUGAUAAUGGGGAACUAAUUUAAGAAUGAAACCACAGUCAUUUUGCAUUGUGAUUACGUGUCAUAAUCUCAUGACUAGUUAAAUUUAUGUAUUAAUUCAUUAAAUAACUAAUUCAUCAAGUUAUUAUUGAAUUCCAAGCAUUCUACUAGAUGUUUUAGUACAAUAUUCCUCAUUUUAAAAUAACUUAUGUGAGAGAGGGUUAAGUCACUUUCAGAUUCUUCUCAAAGAAGCAGUAAUCUUUUUGCAUUGACUCUUGGAAGUUGGACUCUAUUUGUAGCUUCGAUCGCUUCUUAAUAUAUUUGAAAGAGGUGCUAGAUUAAAAGAAGAGAAAAAGAUAUGUAAGAGUCCUUCUAGUUAAUUAAAAGGAAAUGUAAUCUAGUCUUAAAUUGGAUCAUAAUGCAUGACAAGUUAAUUUAUAAUGAAAUUUUGCAAUGGUAUUGAUGCAGUAUCACUCCAAAAUACUGCACUUUGGAAGUCAGUAAGUCUUGAAGAUCACCUGCAGUAGUUUUAUUCUUGAAGAAGAAGAAGAAGAAGAAGAAGAAGAAGAAGAAGAAGAAGAAGAAGAGGAAGAAGAAGAAGAAGGAAAAGGAAGAGGAAGAAGAAGAAGAGGAAGAGGAAGAGGAAGGAGAAGGAGGAGGCGGAGGAGGAGGAGGAGAAGGAGAAGGAGAAGAAGAAGGAAGAAGAAGAAGAAGAAGAAGAAGAAGAAGAAGAAGAAGAAGAAGAAGAAGAAGAAGAAGAAGAAGAAGAAGAAGAAGAAGAAGAAGAAAGAAGAAAGUCAUAAAGUAAGUGAGAACACAAAUUUCCCUCUCAGGAAAUUCACAAUGUCCCUCCCUCAGAAAUUUCUUGCUACUAUUCAUGGUAAAGUAUCAUCUCUGACUUUGUUCUUAUCCAUUUUGGGGGAAGAGUAUUCCUAAAUAUAGAAGUGUAAAUUUUUGGAAGUGUAUAUUUUUUAAUAAAUUAAAAUAAAAUGGAAACCUAAAAAACAGAGCAUUUUUAGUAUUUGGAUGGGCAGCAUUUCUUUUCAGUUUUGCAGCAUCACCUUAAGUGUGGCAUCUUGGGGAGCCUAGUGGAUUGCCAGUAGAGCAAAUAGCCAAUGUAUUCCACUGGCUGGCAUGCUAUCUUCUCCUUGCUCCUGCUGGAGUCUCUGAAGUGUAGAGCAAUCAUGGCCUAAUCUGGAAUUGGCAUCUGGGGGUAUGCCCAAGCCCCAUAUGAGUGGUCAGGCCAUAGAGUUGCCAGCAGAGAGCUAGUGCUCCCAAAACUGAAAACGAAGUCUACCAGGAUAUGAGGAUAGUUUUGAACCACACAGGAUUUUAGAUACCUGGGAUCUGCCGUUUUUACAUUUGCAAAUUGCCAAGAUUCAAAUUACAAUAUUUAAAAUUAUGAUACUAAUAAUGCCUUGUGAGACUGACUAAAAGUAGUCAUUUAUGUAAAUAUGCUUAGACUUCUUUGGUACUUGGAGAUUCAAGUUACUUCUCUCGUCAUCAUGCAUGUUUUGAGAUGCAACAGGAUCUCAUUUUGUUCUUUACUUUCUUUAUAUCUUAUUUCCACUGAAAAUAUGUGAUCUUUGAGGCAUAGAACACAUUUUUCUAUUUAGCAGACUUUAUCAAAUACGAGGAAAUGCUAUUCUUAAUAUAAUACUUAACUAUAAUUAUGAACAGUCCUCUCUGCUAGGUGCUAGCAAUAAAGAAUAAAUGACCCCUUUUGUUUUCACAGUUUUAUAUUUAUUUUUGCUGCAGCCUUCAUCAUACUAAUACAUUCCUCCAAAUAUUUCAUAUUCGACUUUCAUAUAUUUGCAGGAGAGUUUUUGACAGUUGGGUCUUCCUUCUUUCCUUCCUUCCCUCCUUCCUUCCUUCCUAAUUAUCAUUAUGAGCAAAGAAAGGUAAUAAUUUCUCCCACUACAUAAGAUUUUUCCCAAAGAUUAGGCCUUAGACUUUAUUAAGGAGACAACUCAACAAAAAAAGAUUCCAGUUCUGAAAGUACCUUGCUAUAUGUUACAAAUGCAACUGCUGGCUUCUCCUUUCUUAUCUACUUUAAAAUCUUGAAGCUUUCACAAAUAAGCCCACAGCUCAGAAGCUGAGUAUUUUAUAUUACAUAAGAUCGACAGAUAGUUGAUUUCUGUGAUAUAUCAAAUUGUACAUUUGAUUCUUUUUUGGAUAAUUUUACCCUAGCAAUUUCCACAUCCAUAGUUUGGAUGUACACUCUUUUAAACGUUCAAAACCACACUUUCUUAUGUUUCCUUUCUUUUGUGUAAUGCCAGAUUUUCAGCCUCCAUUUCAGGGAUCAGAUUGUUCCAUUUGUCAUAGGAAUGCCACAUCACAUUUUCUUUUCAAGUGCAAGGUUACAAAUUACAGACACCCAAGUGGGUGGGUUAACUUCACAUCUUUCUUUCUGAAGUGUCAAUUUGCACUAGGUGCACCAACAGUUUUCUUCUAUUGAAGUGUCUGUAAAGUACACUUUAAAACUAUUUUGUGUGCCCAUCACAACCAUGUACAAAGCUAAUUACCCCUUCCAGGCACUUAGCUUAGGCAUUGUAGAAUCCAUAAAUAAAAUCCCCAAAUCUUCAACUUCAUCAUCAGGACUCCCCAGGGAGUUUCUGAGCACAGUUUAACCGUUUUUCUUCAGUACUACAUGGACCAUUCAGCCCUGGGACCACACACCAACGUCUGUCAUCAUCUGAGUUCAGAUUGACUGUGACCCUCCCAAAUAUCAAUAGUUUCUGCCAGGUCCUUCAUUUAGUAUAGUUUGAGAAUCUGCUUUUUCCUCUUUCUUUAGUAACAGGUAAUGAUAGCAUGUUCUAAUAAUUCACAGAGAUUAUACCAGCAUUUAUUUUUAUAAGAUCAUUGAAAAGUAUUAAAUAUUUUGAAACAUGAACAUUACAAAAAGCAAACACCCAUUUUCUUUGACUCUGGCUUGCUAGGAUUGAAGGGUCUUAUUGUCAGGUUUGUGCAGGGAACACCCAAGUAGGAGAGUCCAUCAUGCAGAUGUUCACCUGAAAAUGCUUUUAGUCUUGAAUGUAGUUACGUUCAACUCUCUCACUUCUCCUUCAAACAAGAAUGUUUUGUUUAAAAAGGAAAAAAAAAGGAAUAUCAGAUAAAGUCAAUCUUACAGCAGGCAGGGGAUAUGAAGAGGUUGACAUCAUCGGGUCAUGUCAGGCUUUUUAGGUAGAGCAUGCUCCUGUGAUCGUAAUUCUCACAUUGAAUGAUGAUAGGUCGGCCAAACUCAAACUGCAGCCCUUCUCUUACAGAUGACCAACCACAUGGUCUCUUUCGGUUAUUUUCAAAGCAGGGCAUCUGGAGUCCGAUCAGCAUUGCCACAGAUGGACCCAGAGCCUGAGUGCUGCCUGCCACAAACAAACACACGCCAAUUCAGAUGGUUUAAGUGGGAAAGUACCUUCUGGCUAAGCUGUGGACACAUUGAAAAAAAAGAAAAACAUGCAGAUUCUGCUCCAUCAAUGUGUUGUGAGGCUCCUGAAAAUGUUUUCCUCCCAGGAAUGUAUUCAUUUAUCCUUUCAACAAGCUGGUAUCGAUAGUGCUCCUGCUCUGCACUAAACAACAGUUGGAAGAUACACUGGCCUGAGGGCCCUCUCUGUCCAAGGAACUUAGAGUCUAGUGCUGGCAUUCUUCAUCUGGAACAUUUAUUCAAAACGCUAGUAUUUAAAGCAUGGCCCCCAACACAAGUCAAACCCUUGACAGAUUAGAAAUAAAGGCUUUGAGACACUCAUUUGCAUAUUUAUUUUCAUAUGCCAUACAUUUGCUGUACCAGAGUCUCUGUAAGUCCUCUCUCCAAAGGCACAUAGCUCCUUUCACUCCCCUGGCUGCUUUCCUUGUCUCCCAGGAAAAGAGACAUCAGAUGAAACACACUUCUGCAACCCGCUCUUCAGCACUUGAGGUCCUGAACAUGGACACUUUUCCUGCAGUACAUCCACACCCAUUCUCAGGUAGUUUUGUUGUUAUUCUCUUGCGUUUUCCAUUUAAACACACCGAAAGAUAUUUAACUGUGGUGAGGAAAAAUUCCAACACAAUCUUGCUACCAAAAUAAAUGCCAAUGUCAAAUGAAUUAUUUUAUAUUUCAAGUUGACCUAUUUUCAGAAAGUCUGAGGAGAGUAAGAAUUAUUUCUUGAACACUUACAUUUUUUUUCUAGCAAAUAUGUUGAUCUCAACACAGCACUUUUUUGUUUUCGUGACUGUUUUCAGUGGUGUUAAUAUGUAAUUUUAUGUAACACUAUAUUGGGCAAUGUAGAGAAAGGAAGAAACAAAACAGGGAGAAAAAACAAAAGACCCCAGCAUUUAAGAGGAGGCAGAGCAGGCACAUGUGAUGAGAAUAUAUUAUCUUCCACUUUGUAAUAGGAACACCGUUGCCCCUGAACUGUGUGGCACUUCCUCCUAAGGGGAGAAAUGACAGUUCGAUGAGGACCCUGUUAGAGUAAGCACUCAGAGGAAACCUCAUGCAAUACUGAAAGAAGUCAAGUGUGGAAGAAAGGAGAGAAAGACAUUGCUUUAUCUAGUUUUUUUGUCACCUAGCAAUAUAAGCAAGGCCUAGAUGUUUGGCCAGUUUAAUUAUGAUAAAUCAUGCAAUUAAUGAUGCCAUCACUUUCUCAGAAAAACUCAGAAAGCACCAAGAGCCUGAAGAAACUCAACCACAUGUGCAUCAUCAGUUCAAAGGUUCAGCACUCUCCUUUUAUCUUUAAUGAGAAUAUCUUUUCCAUUGUCUCUGUUUUUCCUUACUUAUAUUCUUUAGUUUCAUUAAGAUAGAUUUUCAAAAUUAGCUUUCAAAAGACAUUGAGAAAACCCUAAGUUUAAUGUUAGCAGUGUCAUAUGUGUUUAUAUUAUAUGCUUCAGUCCUCUGAGUUGCUUUGCUCUCAAAUCCCUUUGUCUGCUGACUUCUGUAAUUAGUUUCAUAGCUGCUUUCUAGCAAGCACCAUCUCUUUCCUUUUCCCGGUAUCAUAUCCAGAAGGCCACAAAAUAUUCUGCACAGUAGGAGAUCAAUAAAUAUGCCUAGCUCUCUGUGAAUGGAUAGACCCACUAUCACAGAGCUUAACAAGACCAAAGCCUUCAUGAGAUCCAAACCUCCAGAAACAUGUCCUGGUUUUACUUUCAGGUACCUUCUAGUGGCUGUUGCUUUAGUUUAAGAAAAAACUUUAUUGCCACAUUAGUUUUCAUAGGUCUUUGCAUGAUUAGAUAUCUUGGCCUUUAGGUGGAGGAUGCAGAAACACAGCAAAGUCACAUAGCCAUUACUGAUUAGAAUCCAGGUAGGGCUUUAAGCCUCUUUUCAUUCACUGAGUCAACAAAUCCUACUAUGUGCCAGGCACUAUUCUUAGUAUUGGGGUUAAUAUAGAGAUACACAAAAUAGGCAAAAAUCCCCAUGAUUGUGGAGUUUACAUAAUAGUGGGAAGAGAAUCUUUUUUACUACUUGGUUCAAAUUUUGAGCUUUGUUAAAGAACGAUUCAUCUGCUUUUUCUGAGACCUGGGGAAUCCAGUGAUUGAACGAGCCAUCAGCUGGCCAACUUAACACUAAAGAUAUAGGACAGGCAGACAGCUUGCUGUCUUCCCUGCUGUAGGCUAGCAAUGAAUAGAUGUAUUUGAUGUGAGGAUAAGAUGUAAUAAUCUGUGUAGAAAAUUCAGUCAAAAAUUAUCCCUGUAGUACUCAGUAAAAGGUAGUUGUAAUGAUAUAUGUAAUAAUCUAUGUAGAAUUAUUAAUAGAUGUAAUAAUCUAUGUAGAAAACUCAGUCAAAAAAUACCACUGUAGUACUCAAUAAAAGGUAGUUGUUUCAUUGGUGUGGUUGUUGAAUCUUGCAGAAAGAGAAUGCUAUUAAGAUGUUAACACAAAACUAUAGCUCAGAGCUGCCCUAUAUAACUGGAAUCUCCCUUUGUUCCUGUGUCUUCUGAAAUUCCACAAGCUAUGCUUAGGAUGGCAGCAUACAUCCGUUUCUGCUAAUCUCUCUCUGCCCUCUGUCCCUCCCUUUUGGAAGUGGAGUACACCUCCUGUGACCAUAGCUUCUGUGAUCACAGAUUCUAUAUGCUCACAUUUUGCCUUUUAAUUUUGAGGACUUGGCCCCUUUCAUUCUUUUGCGCCCCUAGAAAGAAAAUCCUUUCAUUCGUUUUGCUGUUAGGGAGGGAGCUGAGGUCAUAGAUGGGCAAUUAAAACUUCUAUGUUGAUUCCUUUUUAAAAGGUUUGGAGUGAUGAUUUUGGUAAUAAUAAAUCUGAAAAGGCAAUAUUAAGGCAUGAAAUAGUCAUUUAUGGUAGCAAAUACUAAGUAUUGACAUAAAACAAAGAUGUCAUAGCAAUGGAAACAUCUUAUUUUCCCUAAUGUAUAUAUAGGAGUAAACAUGGCUUUUAUGGACAUUUCAAAAAUCAGACAAAAUAACAACUUAGCAAUUUUUAUUUGCUUUUAUUCAUUUUACCUAAAUGUCUCUUCCUUUUUACUUUCUUUGAGAAAGGUUUUAAUAACUCAAACACUUAGCUCCCAUUUUGGCACCUCUAACUGCAUCACAUUUGUUAUUUCAUUGUUUUUGAAAUGACAGAUGCUUCUUUCACAUCUUGUAGGAAUGAAGAAGAAAAGAGUUCAUGUCAGAUAUAAUGAUUACUAUUAAAAUUAGUAUUUCUCCCCCAUUUAUUAAAAAAUGCCUUUUUUCUUUGUGUUGAAUUGUAUGUUUUUGAACCCUUUAAACCAGAAAUGAAGAUAUGCACUUUAUGAAAAAUUAUUGUUCCAUUAGAGAGUGUCUCCAAUAGAAAUAACUGAAAAUAAAUAAUGAAUUGUUUUCUUGACACCCAGAUAAGGAAGAAACUUUUAAAUAUUUUAUUGAAUUGAAUUGAACUGGAUGUAGAAUGCAGAAUUUCCAGUACCAGUUAGAUUAAUAAUGCCCAAACAAGAAUAUCAUCAUUUCAGAGGAUCAUUUCACAUUUUCAUCCCUGAAAUAGUACUGCUUGAUAUAGGAGAUCAUAGAACAGUGAUACUGAGAGAAAUAUAUAGGAUAAGUGUGUAACUCACUGAGAUUAAGAACAUUUUUGUCUUAGAAAAGUUAUAUGGUAUCGUUAUCCACAAGAUCCCAACAGUAUUAUUUAAGUACCUGUGAAAUUUGUUUCAGUUACACAAGGAAUCAUGAGGCCAUUACUCAAGUCUGAGAUCCUGGCUUUUUGCUUGAAGAUUAAGGAGAUGUUUUUUUUUUGAAAUGUUACCCGUGUUUCAGCACCAAUAUGGAUUGUAAUUAAUUGUUCCACAUUAAAAAAUUAUGAUGCCUACCUACAAAACCUGGGUAUACUUUAUCUGGGAAUAAUGCAGGCAUGUGAUUUUCUAUGUGGCUUUUGGAAAGAUGGGCUCUAUGAGUUCUAGGUGUGGAAGGAGGAAGUUGGGCAGCUAGAUCUCAGACAACUUUAUGGCAUUCUGAUAGCUAUGAAAAAUGGGCCUUAAGGAUUUUCAAAAGGAGAAGCUGAGCAUAAUAUUUAGAAACCCAAAUGUGUCCAUGUGAUUUGGGGGAUAAAACCAAGAAAGGGACACACAUGCCAUCAUCAGAUGAUAUGCUCAGGACAUUUCUGUGCAGUAUUUGUAGGCUCGUUCACAAGGAGAAAAGAUAGCGGUCCUGUGAGAAACAAUGUGUGGGUCUCUCUUGCGACAUACUGGGAAUUAAUUGCACAGAUUAGGUAAACUUGCCCUAUAUUUCUAAUAGAACCAUCACUAGAGGAACACAGGUUAUUGAAAAGAGCUCUGACACCCGGUCAAAAUGAUUAUGUUUCCUGAACCAUCUCUGCUUGUAGAUAAGUCUGGUUCUAGAUCUUGUCCAAAUCAUUGAAUUUAAUGUCAGUUAGGCUAACUAAUUUCAAGCUUCUUUGCAGCUCUGUGGUUUUCUGGGAAUUUGCAUUUUUUUUUUAAAGUUUGCAUCAUGCUGGAGGUUGAUGACACCACCUUGCAUGUGGGUAAAUUAUGCCAGACUCUUAAUAGAAUGAUGUUGGAAAUGUAAGGUGGUGAUUUGCCUGUAUGGGUUAUGGAAGUUUAGGCCAUUUAAAAAUCUUUGGACUGGUCUCAAUGGUCACACACUCAAACUAAAACUAACCUUGAUGCUGUCGGAUUCUUGGCUUAUUUUCUAACAUGGGAGCAGAGCCUUUGGCUUCUUUCUCUGUGACAUUGAUUUUGGUCAAAAAAACCCUCCUUAUCUGUAGCAGAAAUAUGCACAAACUGGGCCAGUCUUGUGACAAGGCUGCCCAUCAGCUAUUGCAUUCCAUCCAGCUCUGUCAUUCAGAUUAUUGACAUCCUGAUGUUUGUAUUCUUCCAGGACCAUAUCCAGGGUAAGCUUUGGGAAAAAAAUUAUAGAGUUGUCUUUUUCAGUGAAAUAUGAUGUCUGUUACCCUUUGUUGGUGAAAGCACAUUGGCUGUACAUGCAUUGAUUCUGGUGGAGGUGCAGGUGUUCUCUGAACAUUGCAUUUUCUCUAUCUAACCUUUUUAUUCUUGCCGUGUCCACAUUGGAUAGAUAAAUAGCAAUGUAUGUCACCAGGUACUGCUAAGAUGAAGAUGAUGAUGAUAGCAUUUAGUAGGUACUGGUGUGAGUCAAGUACUAACCAUGGAAUGUUACAUCCACAGAACUAGUCUGUAUAUAUAUGUGUCAUCAAUAUGUCAGAGGAAAUUUUGUAAAGCAGAAUUCCAAUUUCCCCUCUUAUAGUAUCAUUUUCUGCCUUUGAUCUGUAGGUGUGUAUAUUAAUUUGCUUAUUUUUUAAUUUAUAUUCAGGAAGAAAAAAAGAUUUUGAAAUGUGAGAUUGUGUUAGUUCCCCUGAAUAACAUGUCACAAUGUAGAACAUUCUUGCUCAUAGUAGAAGCUCAGUAAAGACUUGUUAUACAAGUGAAGAAAUAAAACACUGGCACAAGGCCUUUCUUCAGAUGUUUUUAUUGACAACAGACUUUCCUUAGUUUUAAUGGCAUUCAUGAUUAUUAUGGUGCUACUCCUUUGCACAGCUUUGGCAUCAGUUCCUUCCACUUUUGGCAUUCUGCUAAAUGUUGAUCUUGGUUAUGUUUGAUCCAGGUCACUACACUUAAAAAAGAAAAUGUGAGAUCCUAUAUAUAACCUUCUACAUGUUUAUAAAAUGUCAGGCUCUUAGAUUAAAGCUUAAACAAGGAUAUUCAUUAAAACAUUUAUAUUCCCCGAAAUCUUAACCAGAAAAUUUAUUUUCUUAAAUGUCCCCCUCUGUUCUUCCAAUAAAAUGGUUCUCUGGCAAUUUUGGCAUUUUCAUGAUGGCUCAAGAAUCUAACAGAAUGCCUGCACAUGAGGUUGAGUUUAAUUAAAGGGUAAAGCUCCUGGUUGAGUGUUUCUUAUACACUAUUGAACGAUUGCAUUUUGGGUGUGUAAUUAAUGUGAAAAUUUCUCAUUGAUAUUUUUGAUCACCUUGGGAAAAUUUCAGACUUGCUAAAGAUAUUAGUAUGUGCAUUCUAUUCAUGGCAUUGUUGCUCUUAUUUUUGAAAUGAUUACAUCCCAAUGACUUUUUUUUUACUUGCUUUAAACUUAAUUUUAAAGGUUCAAAAUCUUUCUUAAACUUUAACAGAAUAAUUGUUUUGAGAAUGGGUUAUAUGCUUGGCUUAUAUAGUAUUGCAAUAUUUAUAUAUCUAUGUGGCAAUUUGACAAAUCAAUCAUCACCCCAAUAUACAAGUGGUUUUCAUUUACAGAACCAUGCCCAGCUUAAAAAGAAGAAGCAGUGCAUAUAAGCAAAACAUUUCAAUUUCAAUAAGUAAAUCUUGACUGUGUUGUUUCAUCAUAAAGUACCCAUGCUAAUUUGGGUUAAUAUUCGUCCAUCUCUUGUUAAUUUUUAGCAUAAAUAUUGUGAAGAAAGUGACUAAUACAGUGACACUCCCAACUUAUUGAUAAAAAUUUACCUUUAAUUUCCCUUUCAUCGGUGAACUAAAUUAUUGCCGAAAUUUGAAUCAAAUCUGACCUUUCUUUCCCAAUUGGUAGCACAGUGAUUAAUAUGUGUAAUACACACACACACACAGACACACACACAUACACUUAGGACAUAUCUAUUUUGAUAGUGAUGAUGAAAGACAGCAUAUAAUAUUUGGUGCUUUGCAUUUUGCCUUUCUUCUCCCUACCUUUCUUCCUCAUCUCCACAACCUGAAUUGUUACUGUGUUCAACUCUAAACUAAAGAAAUAAGAAACAGCGUGAAUAUAAAGUGAUAUAGCAAUUAUUUUACUUGCUUUCUUCAUGGUAAAUAGUUUACAGCAUUGUUGAUUAAUUUCCUGUAGCUGAAUUUGCAAACUAUUGACAACCUUCUCUAAAUGCUACCCACAAAAUUAUGUUUAAAAUAGUAUUUCCACUAAAAAAAGAUAGUAACUUUUAUUUUGUGCAUUUAUAUAUAGUCUCUUCUUUCUCCUUCCAUCCUUCAAACUGUAACAGUUGAAAUUUGGCCAGAAUAUUCAUUAACCAAAUGUUGAAGAAAAGAUAUUUGUUGAAAAUAGUUUGGGUUAUUUACAAAAAUGAAAGAAAUUGAAACAGAUCAAGAUGAAAUGGGAGUGGAAGAGUCCGGUUAGUCUGGUGAGCAGAAAGCUGAAGUAGGGUUGAUUUUCUGGCACUGCUUUCUCAGCAAAGAGAACAAUUUUAAUCAGUUACAAAAAUAUUUGUGAUCCAUAUGUUCCUCUCUGCUCAUUCCCAUAUGCCCAUUUUCUCUUUUAUCUUGGUAGAUGAUGACUUUAUGAUUCAGGCAUGCAAGAAUAAUACCUCGCUGACUUUAGAGCUCGGUGCUAUUUCAAAACGUGUCCUGGUAAUUACGCAUACACAUAUAUCCAGGCUGUCCCCGCUUUGAUUUAGUUAUGUGAAUAUCAGUUUGUUCUUUCUCUCUUCCUGGAAAGAAUUAUAUCUUGCAUCCUCCUACUGAGGCUGGAAUAAUGCAUCUAAGACUUAGUUUUGGAAAUUACAUUGCUGUUCACCUGCUGAGUGAACUGUACAAAUAUGAGGGUCUUAAAGAGAAAUCAAAAGAGUUGCUGUGAUCCUUGAGAACUUCAUUCAACUUGGAAAAAGUACAACAGAAUCCAGAAUGCUUUUCAUAACCAUCACUGACAUUUAUGCUAAGACAUAUUAGAUAACGGGCUUCUUAGUUAAAUAGAUUCUAAUUUUUAAGACACGAUGAUUUCUAUUUAAUAUUGAGUAUUAUAGUAGCUAUGGUGAAACUGAUCAAAAUUGAAAAACUAAAAUUACUAUUGAUUAGCAAUCCAGUUUUUUCCUAAAUGCAUGUCUAGCUCUCAAAAGCCAUAUAAUUUCCAAAAACGGAAGAAACAUAGUUUAAAGUCUAAUCAUCCAUCUUCAUAAAACAUGAAUAAAUCCAGAAACUAUUGACUGUACUACUGAUUGCAUUUUCAACAGUUGCUUUCCCCUUGCACAACAAAUGGCUUUGUAACCCAAUAUGUUAUUAAUAUAGCCACAGUAAAAUCCUGUAAGGAACCAGCUGUGCUCAUUUAAACUUGGGAGAAGAGGGUAGCAAGGAGGAGGGAGAGAGGGUUUCUAACUUUCAAACUACGUAACUGGGAUGCAUUUAGUGUUUUCAUAGGCAGGUAUGUGUUGGAAGAGGUGUGCAUGCUGUUGGAUUUAGCCGUUGUGCACCAGAAUAGCGUUAUAGGGAAAAGGAAGAGAUGCAGCCUGAUUUGGGCAAAUAUUAUUAGGAGCCCGUCUCUGUGUUUGCAUUCAAGCUGUCUUUGCCGCUGCUCCUGUAGGAGUUGUGAGAAAGAGAAAGUGCACAUUAUAGCGUGGAUUGUUUUCAACAGGCUUGAAGUUUGCAAAUCUGUUGAAUCCCUCUGUCAGUGUUUCUUUGCUGUCAAACAGAAUGCCCAGCUGGCAGUGGCAAUCCCGAUGGGGAGGGAGGGCUAUGGAUAGAUUGUGUUCACCCUGCAACAAGAAUAUUAGGAAUUCUUCUUCCCAAACUAUAAGUAGAGAGAAAAGAGCUUUCUCAGCCAUGCCAUUAUAAAAGUUUUCUUCUUCUUUUUUUUAACUUUUAUAGAGAAUGUUUCAUUAAAUCAAAACCUUUCUGUACACUUUAUUCAGGUAGCUUUCAUAAAGAGAGAAACCACAUAAACAGCAUUAAAAUGUAUAAUGUAAUCUAUAAUUAAGACAAAGGCUUUGGUUAGAAAAAGAGGCAAGACUUUUGCUCAUAGGUGAUCCUGAUUCUCAUUGAGGCAAACACACAAGCUUGUUUUUUUUUUUUUUAAUACAAAGUGCGAGAUUUCACUAAAAAAGGUUAAAAUUGAAGUGAGUAAUCUUCGGUGCAUAAUGCAAUUGUUAAUUUUAGCUCCUUGCGUGGGUGCCGUUCUGACUUGAACAGCCGGCUGUAGCCUUCAUUAGAGAAGAAGCAGGCAGCUUGAGACAGGUGGAGCUGGAUCAAGCUGUGAACGUGAUUUGCUGGAAGCUGGUCAUUAGUGUUGACGAUGUGUCACACUGUGUAAGGGAAUCGCAUGGAGAUGGGCAUUCCGAACUGUUAAUGGGGACAUGGGACUCCAGUUGUCUCUGAUCACUUGUGUGGAUUUUCCUGGCGUAGAACGACAGAAGCCGCUAGUAAGUCGCCAAGACCUACAGCAGGAAUUCUGCACCAAAGGGCAUAAAAUCUUGUUAUUUUAAUUUGCAUCUGGGAGAAUGUCUGAGCAAGGAGACCUGAAUCAGGCAAUAGCAGAGGAAGGAGGGACUGAGCAGGAGACGGCCACUCCAGAGAACGGCAUUGUUAAAUCAGAAAGUCUGGAUGAAGAGGAGAAACUGGAACUGCAGAGGCGGCUGGAGGCUCAGAAUCAAGAAAGAAGAAAAUCCAAGUCAGGAGCAGGAAAAGGUAAACUGACUCGCAGUCUUGCUGUCUGUGAGGAAUCUUCUGCCAGACCAGGAGGUGAAAGUCUUCAGGAUCAGGAAUCAAUUCAUUUACAGCUUUCCAGUUUUUCCAGCCUGCAAGAGGAGGAUAAAUCUAGGAAAGAUGACUCUGAAAGAGAAAAAGAAAAGGAUAAAAACAAAGAUAAAACCUCUGAAAAACCCAAGAUCAGAAUGUUAUCAAAAGAUUGCAGCCAAGAAUACACGGAUUCUACAGGCAUAGACUUACACGAGUUUCUGAUUAACACAUUAAAGAAUAAUUCCAGGGACAGGAUGAUACUUUUGAAAAUGGAGCAGGAAAUUAUUGAUUUCAUUGCUGACAACAAUAAUCAUUAUAAAAAGUUCCCUCAGAUGUCAUCAUAUCAGAGGAUGCUUGUCCAUCGAGUGGCAGCUUAUUUUGGAUUGGAUCACAAUGUGGAUCAAACAGGAAAAUCUGUUAUCAUCAACAAGACCAGCAGCACCAGAAUACCAGAGCAAAGGUUUUGUGAACAUUUAAAAGAUGAAAAAGGUGAAGAAUCCCAGAAGCGGUUUAUCUUGAAGCGAGAUAACUCUAGUAUUGAUAAAGAAGACAAUCAGCAAAACAGAAUGCAUCCAUUUAGAGAUGACAGACGAAGUAAAUCAAUUGAAGAGAGAGAAGAGGAAUAUCAGAGAGUGAGGGAGAGAAUAUUUGCACACGAUUCAGUUUGCUCCCAGGAAAGCCUUUUUGUGGAAAACAGUAGGCUCUUGGAAGACAGUAACAUAUGCAAUGAGACCUAUAAGAAAAGACAGCUCUUUCGGGGCAACAGAGAUGGCUCAGGGAGAACAUCUGGGAGUCGACAGAGCAGCUCAGAAAAUGAACUCAAGUGGUCUGACCACCAAAGGGCCUGGAGCAGCACAGACUCCGACAGUUCCAACCGCAAUCUAAAGCCCGCCAUGACCAAGACGGCGAGUUUUGGGGGCAUCACGGUGCUGACCAGGGGUGACAGCACUUCCAGUACUAGGAGUACCGGGAAGCUGUCCAAAGCAGGUAGUUCGGAGUCUUCCAGCAGUGCAGGCUCCUCAGGAUCGCUGUCCCGCACCCAUCCACCUCUCCAGAGCACACCCCUAGUCUCAGGUGUGGCAGCUGGCUCUCCAGGCUGUGUGCCUUAUCCAGAGAAUGGAAUAGGGGGCCAGGUUGCUCCCAGCAGCACCAGCUACAUCCUCCUUCCACUUGAAGCUGCAACAGGCAUCCCGCCUGGAAGCAUCCUUCUUAAUCCACACACAGGCCAGCCCUUUGUGAAUCCCGAUGGAACUCCUGCAAUAUACAACCCACCCACCAGUCAGCAGCCCCUGCGAAGCGCCAUGGUGGGGCAGUCCCAACAGCAGCCGCCACAGCAGCAGCCCUCCCCGCAGCCCCAGCAGCAGGUCCAGCCACCGCAGCCACAGAUGGCAGGCCCUCUGGUCACUCAGUCUGUCCAGGGGCUGCAGGCUUCCUCCCAGUCAGUGCAAUAUCCGGCAGUCUCUUUUCCUCCCCAGCACCUCCUACCUGUGUCUCCAACGCAGCACUUUCCCAUGAGAGAUGAUGUGGCAACACAGUUUGGCCAGAUGACCCUGAGCCGGCAGUCCUCGGGGGAGACUCCUGAACCCCCAUCAGGUCCUGUCUACCCAUCCUCCCUUAUGCCACAGCCGGCCCAGCAGCCCAGCUAUGUCAUCGCCUCUACAGGCCAGCAGCUUCCUACAGGAGGAUUCUCAGGCUCUGGCCCUCCCAUCUCCCAGCAGGUCCUCCAGCCCCCUCCCUCACCACAGGGAUUUGUGCAACAGCCUCCGCCUGCACAGAUGCCUGUAUAUUAUUACCCAUCUGGUCAGUACCCUACCUCAACCACGCAACAGUACCGGCCCAUGGCCCCUGUUCAGUACAACGCUCAGAGGAGUCAGCAGAUGCCACAGGCAGCACAGCAAGCAGGUUACCAGCCAGUCUUGUCUGGUCAACAGGGAUUCCAAGGCCUAAUAGGAGUGCAGCAGCCACCUCAGAGUCAGAAUGUGAUGAAUAACCAACAAGGAACUCCGGUGCAAAGCGUGAUGGUUUCCUACCCAACAAUGUCUUCUUAUCAGGUGCCAAUGACCCAGGGUUCUCAAGGACUGCCCCAGCAGUCAUACCAACAGCCAAUCAUGCUACCUAACCAGGCAGGUCAAGGGUCACUCCCAGCCACUGGAAUGCCUGUUUACUGUAAUGUCACACCGCCCACCCCUCAGAACAACCUUAGGCUGAUUGGCCCACACUGCCCCUCCAGCACUGUCCCAGUGAUGUCAGCUAGCUGCAGAACAAACUGUGCAAGUAUGAGCAAUGCUGGUUGGCAGGUCAAAUUCUGAGAGCUCUGGCUGUGGUACAUUUCUUCAGAUAUUUCUCAUGGCCUUUGAUGGAAGAGGAACGAGGUGGGAAAACUGGCUGAGGACUUAAGUAUUCACUCAACACUCAAAUGAUUGCUGCUGGUAUUCUGUAAAAAAUAAACAAAGACUAAUAUACACGUUAGCUGGUUAAUGGUGCAUAUUUCUGUCAUGUCUGCUAGGUAUGCCUUUAUAGCUUAGCUAGUGACAUGAAUUCAUCAAGGUAAGAUUUUCUCCUACCACUGAAUACCACUGUGUAGAUUAUAAUAUCCCUAAUUUGGAUUAGUUUUGUACUUUGUGUUGAGUUUGUGAUGCUAAAAGUAUUUAAAAAUUAUAUACUAAAUCACAUUGUACCAAAGCUGUAAUGGAAAAGCAAAGAAGAAUUGAUGAAUUGAAGGAAUAAUUUAUAUACAUUAUAGAGUUUUCUUUUUUAAUGGAUAUAUACUGUAUUGUAGUGUUUAAUCAAAAUAAAACUAUUUGACCUUAUGGAGGAAGGUCAUGUUUUUA